AUGAGUAACAUGGUGACAGAGAUUUUGGCCUUUAUUCUCACCACGUCUGGCUGGGUCCUGAUCUCCUCCACCAUACCCACGGAUUACUGGAAGGUGUCCUCUCUGGACGGCACGGUCAUCACCACAGCUACCUUCUGGUCCAACCUGUGGAAGACCUGUGUCACUGAUUCAACAGGAGUCUCCAACUGCAAGGACUUUCCCUCCAUGCUGGCACUGGACGGCUACAUCCAGGCCUGCCGGGGUCUGAUGAUCACUGCUGUAUGUUUGGGCUUCUUUGGUGCUGUCUUCGCCUUGGUCGGAAUGAAGUGCACCAAGAUUGGGGGAUCAGACCAAAGCAAAGCCAGGACAGCUUGCAUCGCCGGAGUCAAUUUCAUACUCAGCGGUCUCUGCUCGUUGUCUGCAUGCUCCCUGUAUGCACACAGGAUAACAUCUGAGUUUUUUAACCCCAUGUUUGUCGCUCAGAAGUAUGAACUGGGGGUUGCCUUGUUCAUUGGUUGGGCAGGAUCUAUUCUUUGUAUUCUGGGAGGGGUGAUACUCUGCUUCUCAAUAGCAGAUAGUUCCACUACAAGUCACACAGGCUAUGCCUACAGAGGAGCUACCUCUGCCUCUAAUGUUUCUUCUCACCCUAGAGGACAUGCACAGCCCAUGAGCCAGAGGCCUCCACCAGAGUACAGUAGCUCUUCUAGAGUACAGCACUUUGAUAAGAAUGCCUAUGUGUAAGGGAUGAUAGGACAAAUACAGAACCUGAACAGCGGCAUGGUCUCGAGAGGCCAAUAUACUGCCACACCAGUUAAAAGGAGGAGAAAGAAUGUGUUACGUGACUGGCUGGCCCAUUGUGUCACAAAUUAUGACAGAUCAGAAAGAGAUCACUUUAUAUUGGAGUUGAUCCCCCUGUUCACCUAUUUAUGACAGCACUAAUUUCUAGUCCAAUGGAAAUCAGAGCCUUUUUGAGUUCGUAGGAGAUUUGCUGAGAUUUGUGGCUCUGAUAUUUACUUUACAAUAAAAUGUGAGCAUUCUGGUAGACCUACGCUGCGAAUCGAAAUAGUGUCAAUA